GUGGGCGAGGUGAAGGCAGUCAGUGUGGAAUUAAGAUAUCUUGUUUCUUAGCAAUUCCUUCAUCGGAUUCUCUUCCUGGUACCUGCCAUAAAACACAAAAUGGGUACAUGGUCGGAAUAAGAGAAGAAACAGAGGUUAUCGCAAGUUGAGCAUUACACUUUGGGAUUACCUGAGAACAAUCUGGAAACAAUUUAAACUACUAAGGAUUAAAGGGAGUAAUCAAGAAAACUAAAGAUGGCGCCCCGAUUCGUCUUCCAACUCCUCUUUCUUGUCGCCCAAAUGCCCCUAAUGUGCCAAUCUCAAUCCAACAGCACUUCCACAAACUCUGCGAAAAAUAAGACUGUUAAGAUCCGGGGUUGCGGGGAUGAUCUGGACCCUGUGUACCGAUACUUGUGUGACCGGCGAGCUGCGUGGGGCAUCGUUUUGGAGACACUGGCGACCUCGGGCUUCCUGCUCUCCAUUGGUCUCCUGAUUGGCCUGCUCAUUUGGGCUUUAUGUGUGUGCAUCAAGAGGCCAAGUAGCAACAUUGGAGGGUCUGUGGUCUGUAUGUCCAUGUUUCUGCUGGCUACGGCGGGAAUAUUCGGAAUCACCUUUGCAUUCAUCAUCCAGCUGACACCGCAGACCUGCCCCACGCGCCUCUUUCUGUUCGGGGUGCUGUUUUCGGUGGCGUUCUCCUGUCUCCUCGCCCGCUGCUUGGCUCUGUUGGGAUUCGCGGCGGCUAGAGGCUGGGGUGAGACCGGUGUAGCGCUGGGCCUGGUCACGGUCCAGAUUAUCAUUGCGACGCAGUGGUUGAUCAUAGUCCUGGUGCGGGAUGGAAGGCCAUGCGAGUACAGCCAAGAAGAGUUUGUGAUGCUGCUGAUUUAUGUUCUGUGUUUGUUGGCCAUCAGUCUAAUCAUGUCUGUCAACCUCGCGUGCAAAUCUUGCAUCACUUACAGCUACAGCUACUCAGGACCCUCAAACCAGCAUGGAAAUCUCCAGGCAAUGUUGCUAGCAUUCACACUAAUACUGUCUGGCUCGAUAUGGGUGGUGUGGAUUGUCAUGCUUAACAGAGGGAAUGUUGAGAUUGAAAAGCGACCUGUUUGGGAUGACCCAGUCCUGAGCAUCGCCCUGGUGGCAAAUGGGUGGGUGUUCCUUAUGGGACACGGGCUGUCCCAGGUUGCCUUCCUGUGCAAAGGGGAGGCCAGAGCCAAAGACGUGCCUCUGAGCUUCGCAGGCUGGACCAGUCCUAUUGCAGACACACCGGGACUCAACAGCCCCAAGGAGGGUAAGGAGAACGGGAGCUUUGAGACUGAGGGCGACAGAAGAGGCAGGAGGACAGAGCCUGUGCUACGCUCUCCCUAUGAGUCUGAGUUCUCCAUGACAGAAAUUGACACGGAGAAAGACUACACUAUUCCUCGGCCACAGACGACGAAUUUCGAGGAACCCUACGAUGAAUAUUAAGGACAGUACCAGAGUUUUACAAUAAUGUACUUUGGGAGAGUAGUGAUCAGCAGUGAAGAAAUUGGGUUUUUAUGGCGUCAAAACAAACAAAAGGAUGUCACAAGAUAAAAUGUUUGUGUUUGUUACGAUUGUUAAGAGGAGAUAUAAAAUAGUAUAUACCAGUAUUCGCAAUUACUGACACAUAACAAACAGUAAAAAGUAAAAUUGUUUAGCCGAAUUAGGUCUAUUUUAAGUCUCAUUGCCCAAUAGAUGACCUUUCCUCUAGUAGCCCAUGUGACCAGCUUAAUAAAAAUCAAGCUUAAAAAUUUACGUGACAUGAAAUGCACUUUACAUUUUGGUUUAGCAUAGACUGAAUAUAAACGUCCAGAAUUUGAUGAUAAAAACCUCACGAUGAUUUCAUUUUUAUUAUAUUUGCCUACCCAUUAUACUUAGUUACUUAAUAAGCCAUGACUGUUACCAAGCUGUGGCAAACUACUGACGUUAGGCAAUGAUCCAGUUGAAUCACAAAGAAAAUCCCUAUGAGGAAACACCCAUCGCUGUGACAAUCCCUUAACAAAGACACGAGCAGCACACAGCAUACAUACUAAAGGAUAUACUACACCUUUGGGGCUGUUCAAGGGGCAGAAAAGAUGAAAAAGCCCAAACAUAAUGUAAUAUCUUAAGCCCAGAGGCGGCAAAGAAUCCCCAACAAACUUCCCAUGUGUACGAACAAAGAAGUACUUUAUGUGAUCUUUUGUUUCCCAGUUUGUUGUAAAUGCUAAACAUUUCAGCAAAAUGUAAUUAUAUAUUUGAUUCUCCGCAACUAACAUCAGUAAAAACUAAUAAACUUAAAUGAUUAUGUAACUAGUAAAAGGAGAUAUUAGAGCCUAUAGUUAUGUAACCAUUUAAAGGUGCACUGUGUAACUUUUGUGGUGAAGGGUACAUCACCUGUUGUGUCAUUGUAAGUAGGGAUGUAACAAUAACCGAAAUUUGGUGAUAUCGUAUCGUCAAAGUUCUCACAAUAUAUCGUGGACACUCACAGUUUUUCGAAUUACAAGUCUCUCUGCUUAAAUUUAGAGUUAUGGUGCAGCAGUAGCUCAAAAAAGACAGAGGGAACUACAUAGACCAUGAUCCUUCGCUCCAUUUCAGUGCAGACUACAUGAAGAAAUAACAGUUCUAACCACUUUUAAGUCUUAGUUCUUUGGAUUAAGGCAUUUUAAGAGGAAAAAUAUCGCCUCCACAAAAUAUCACAAUAAACAUCGUACCGUGAGAUGUAUAUCGUGAAAAUAUCAUACCGAGAGAUUUGGAUAUUGUUACAUCCCUAAUCGUGAGCCUCCCCACCAUAUCGUGAGCUUACCCAUGAUAUCGCAAUAAAUAUUGUACCAUGAGGUUCAUACCGUGAAAAUAUCAUAUCGUGAGACUUGGAUAUCCUUACAUCCCUAAUUGUCAGUGUUAUUGCUUUGCCUGGAAUAUUCCACAGUGUGUCAGUAAAGUGCCUGUCUUACAUUUAUUUAAUACAUACUGUAUGUUUUAAUCACUAAUAUAUUGAAAAAACCUGCUUUCUUACUGUGAGCGGGGCCACCUCUCUGCAGAUCUGAUCUCUAACUUCACUUGGUGGCGUCUCCUGCUUGUCUCCAUGGAGUUUAAUGCCAUACUGUGGAACAUUUAAAGCAAAGCAAAAAACAUCUUCAUUAAGAAAAGCAGGUGGGGUACAGUCCACUAGAAAAGUGACACAAAAUGUUAUAUAAAUACAAUGGUUUGAGUUUGCAACCUUGCCUCAAAAGUUAAUCCCAGUUGAUCCCAUCUCAUCUCCUCAAAGUCUUCUCUUGGUUUUAAAAUCAAAGAAAGAUAUUUUCAAAGACACUACUGACUCAUGCACUCUUUAUAAAGGUUGCCGGCACCGACAUGUGUUUUGCUAUUUCUUUUCCCUUGCAGUGUAAAUAUUUGUGCCUUUUUAUGUGCAAUGUUAUUUGUAAUCUGCCAGCAAGAUGUCUGCCUAAAGAAGAAUGAAAAGGCAGAGUGACUCACGCCUGAGUUUCAUCAGUGGAUGUGCUUGGAUCUUCCCUGGGGCUGGAUUCCACAUCAGCAUGGCUCCAAGGGAAGAGUGCAGUUUGAGCUGGUGUAUAAUAGGCCCAAGGUGAUGAGGAGGGCGUGAAGCUGUCACUCUGGAGGUGCCAAACUGCGGCGCUCACGAGAGGCGUCUGAGAGCGCAGUAAGAGAGGAGAGGAGAUAAGAGGCAGGAGAAGCACACGGGGACAUGUCAACUCAGUGGGAGGCUACUGCUGUCCUCACUGGUUUAAGUCUUUGUGUUUAAACUCACUAUUCAGAGGCAGGUCCUACACAAUUCAACCUAAUGAGUCUUUCCAGUGCUGUGUGAAGAAUGUAUGUUACAAUCCUGUAAAUGUGUAAAGUUUAAUUAAUUAAAUGUUAUUAAUUAUCUUUGUCAUUACUGCUUAUUUGAUGUAAUAAAUAAACUCUUGUUAAUGAAA